UUUGACUGUUAUUUAAACAGUCAACGCGUUUUUAAUGCAGAUGAAACUGCUUUUUUUUGAACCCAAAAGUAAAGAAAGUUAUAGUUAGAAGAGGAGAAUCCACAAUAUAUAACUUUAUUAAUAACGACGAAAAGGAGUGCCUGACGACACUUAUAACUGCCAAUGCAACUGAUCAGCUUGCACCACCAAUGGUCAUCUUUUUCUAUGUAAGAAUCCCCUCACACAUAAUAAGUUUGAUGCCUAAUGAGUGGGGCGUGGGAAGAAGUUCCAGCGGCUGGAUGACUGGACAAAGUUUUUAUGAAUAUAUUACAAAUGUGUUCUAUAAAUGGCUAUUGAAGAAAGAUAUUCCUUUGCCAGUCAUUUUAUUUGUGGAUGGUCAUGUUAGUCACCUUACUUUCUCCCUAAAAUCUAAAAUUGCACCACAGACUUUGAUCGAGUUUAAAUCAUGUGGAGGUGUUUGGUCAGGUAGAAUGGAAGACACGUCUUUGUUUGAAGUUUGGAGUAACAUUUCUUCCGAAGUUAAUUUAUUAAAACAAACAAGUACACAUGCAAACACCAAGAUAGUAAUAGCAGUACAUCUAACAAUGAAUUUCAUAUAUAUACACUAGACAAUACAUUAAACAAUACCUUUGAAAAUAGUAAUAAUGAGAGAGAUUAUUCUCAUAUCAGAAAAGAUGAAAUAAGGGCCUAUAAUAAAACACCUACACCCACAUUAUCAUCAGAACUACAAGAAGUACAGUCUGCAACAAUAAAUCAAACUAAUGUACCAAACGAUGUGCCAAGCACUUUUCAAAAUUGUUUAUUUUGGCCGAUACUAUCUAACGAACAAAAAAGAAAGAAAUCGAGGGAAAAAAUUUCGUCGGUCGUGACAUCGGAAGAAUGGAAGAAUUAUUAUUAUAAAAAAAAUGCCAAAAA